AUGUUUGCUAUUAUCCUACCGUUUUCCCUUUUGUCUCUCACAUUUGCAGGCAAUGUGGAGAUCGAAGAAUGUGUUAAACUAGUUGGUGAUAAAAAACGACCAACUGUGAAUUCUUGUCCAGAGGAUCCAGUUUGUUCAUCGAUAUUUGUCUAUGAACAAGGUGGUGCUGCUGAUUUAGUAAACAAUUUGAGAGAGUAUGAAUUUUUUAAACAUUAUAAAUUGCUUGUGAAUGACUAUAAUAGUUUAUAUUAUUUUUAA